AUGGCUGCGGCAGGGGGCGCGGCGAGCCGCAGGGGCCCCGGGCGGCCCUGCCCCUUCUCCAUCGAGCACAUCCUCUCCAGCCCGCCCGAGCGGAGUCCCCCGGCCCGCCCCGCCCGCCCGCCGCAGCCCGCCGGCCGCCAGAACCCCGCGGCUCCCGGGGAGCCCGGGAAGCCCGAGGCCGCGUCCUGCGCCUGCUGCUGCUGCUGCGGCCCCCAUGCUGCGCCCCGCGGGCCCCCGGAGCCGGCCGCAGGGCUGGGCGCGCGGCUGCCGUGGCCGCUGAGGCUGGGCCCCGCCGCGCCUUUGCCUUUGGCGACACAGACCCGAGACUCCGGGGCGCUGCAUAGCGCUGACAGCCCCGGUCCUCAGCGGCGCACGCGGCGCCACCGCACCAUCUUCAGCGAGGAGCAGCUGCAGGCGCUGGAGGCGCUCUUCGUGCAGAACCAGUACCCCGACGUGGGCACGCGCGAGCGCCUGGCCGGCCGCAUUCGCCUGCGCGAGGAGCGCGUAGAGGUCUGGUUCAAGAACCGUAGGGCCAAGUGGCGACACCAGAGGCGCGCGUCAGUGUCUGCCAGGCUCCUGCAUGGAGCUAAGAAGCCCCCCAAGGAGAACUGCUGA